AUGUGGCUAGAGAUUCUCUCUGGACUUGCGGCCACAGGCUUUUGCUUGCUCAUCCCUGGAGUGGCCACCACGUACAUCAACAAGUUCACUAAUGGUGGCAAGGAAAAAAGAGUUGCCCAUUACAUACAACAAUGGCAACUGAUGGAAAGAGACAGGUGCAUCUCUGGAGUUCAUUGCUCCUAUGUGUCAAAGAGUUUGGAGAACAUUGAUUAA